AUGUCGCUCGUCUCCGGAGAGAAGUCCAACUUCCAAUACAUCAUCCGUUUGUUGAACACAAACGUCGAUGGAAAGCAGAAGGUCAUGUACGCCUUGACCAAGAUCACUGGUGUCGGUCGCCGAUACUCCAACUUGGUCUGCAAGAAGGCCGAUGUCGAUCUGACCAAGCGCGCUGGUGACCUCACCUCCGAAGAGCUUGAGCGUAUCGUUACCAUCAUCCAGAACCCUCUCCAGUACAAGAUUCCUUCCUGGUUCCUCAACAGGCAGCGUGAUAUCGUCGAUGGCAAGAACAGCCAGGUCCUCGCCAACGGUGUCGCCUCCAAGCUCCGUGACGAUCUCGAGCGCUUGAAGAAGAUCCGCGCUCACCGUGGUCUCCGUCACUACUGGGGCCUCCGUGUCCGCGGUCAGCACUCAAAGACCACCGGUCGCCGCGGCCGAACCGUCGGUGUCUCCAAGAAGAAGGGUUAA